UCAAACGCAGCCUUGCACCAUUAACCUUUGCUAGUUCUAGCUUAUAUCUGAAAAAGAACACACACAAAAACACCCAAAAAAGAAGAAAUGUCUGGAGUUUGGGUAUUCAAGAAUGGGGUUUUCCGCUUGGUAGAAAAUGGAUCAGGUGAUCAAGCUCAAAGAAGAAGGAAGGUUUUGGUACACUUACCAAGUGGGCAAGUGGUGUCAUCCUAUUGUUCUCUUGAAAGAAUUCUCAAUGGUUUGGGAUGGGAAAGGUACUAUGGAGGUGACACUGAACUUUACCAAUUCCACAAACUUCCUUCCAUCGACUUGAUUUCACUUCCUAAGGAUUUCGCCAAGUUCAACUCCAUUCACAUGUACGAUAUCGUCGUUAAAAACCCUAAUGUUUUCCAUGUCAGAGAUGUUUAACUAAGUGUUUGAAUUAACCGUCUUUCGUUUAGAUGUCAUCUUCAAUUUGUAUAGGAAAGCUAGCUAGGGUUAGUUUCUUUUUUUUUUUCUUCCUUCUUGUUGUGGGGGUUGGUUACUUCGUGUGUGCUUUUGCAUUAGUUGCCAUGCCAUCGUUGGUGAUGAGUGAAAUGUUAAAAAUGACUUCUAUAUGUAGUUUAAGUUCAUUUGGUUAUGUUUUUAGGGUUAAGGAAAUAGUUCUCAAAUGGUUGUGUAAUAAAGGUAAGUUUUGUGUC